CUCCAUAAUAAAGCAAGCCUCCACAAAAUAGUCAAACCAAGAGUGAAGCAAUUAAAGCUCACUUCCCAAAGCUCAGAUUCCUAGCAUUCAAACCUCCGCAGCCAAAAACGCCCCCAAACCCUAGCCCUUCAAAAAGAAAAAGAAAAAGAAAAAUUCUCACUCUGAUUGAAGGUCAUCAAUGGCGAUAGAGCCGCAGCAGAGGCAGCAUUAACUCCACUGCCAGAAGAGCAUUUACUCAUCUUUCCUCCAUUUUCUACCUUGAAUUCAGUUGAUUUGAUUGAGAGAGAGAGAGAGAGAGAUAAGAGACAGACAUGGUGCUGAUUUCGAGCUGAUCCCUGUGUUGUGGAUCCUGGCAUUUAAUUGAAGAGAUCUUGUUUCUACUGUUGCUGUUAUAAAGAAAUAAGAAAUCCAUCAACGCCAACUUGUUAACUAUUUAUUUUUUGUAGGGUUGUGGUUGUGAUUGAGAUGGGGAGGAGUCCUUGCUGUGAUAAGCAACUGGGGUUGAAGAAAGGGCCAUGGACUCCUGAGGAGGAUAAGCUUCUUGUUGAUUACAUCCAAGCUCAUGGCCAUGGCAGCUGGAGAUUUCUCCCUAAGCUCGCAGGCCUGCAGAGAUGUGGGAAGAGCUGUAGACUGCGCUGGAUCAACUAUUUGAGGCCGGACAUCAAGCGAGGCCCAUUCACACAGGAGGAACAGAAGUCCAUUAUUCAAUUACAUGGCAUUGUUGGUAACAAGUGGUCAACCAUAGCAGCUCAACUGCCAGGGAGAACUGACAACGAGGUAAAGAACUACUGGAACACCCACCUCAAGAAACAACUCCUCCGCAUGGGCAUCAACCCUACCUUAACCUACGCCCCUCCCUCCACCUCCCCUCUCUCCCCUUCCCCUCCCAACUACACCACCUCCGCCUCAUCCUCCUCCACCACCUCCUCCUCCUUCUCCGCUGCCCGCCACAUGGCUCAGUGGGAAACCGCCCGCCUCGAAGCCGAGGCCCGCCUCCGUCUUUUCUCCUCACCCUCCUCCUCUGCCGCCACCUCCGCAGCUACUCUAAUUCCAACUGGUAAUGCUGACAACGCUCAAGAUGUCGACAAAGAGCCUGUUGAUGUAUUCCUUCGAAUGUGGAACUCUGAUGUAGGGAAGUCGUUCAGGAAUCAAAAUCCAGUUAUUUUAGCACUGACGAAUGGGGAGGAGUCAGGAGAGGCUGAGGCCUCCCCGUCAUCGUGCAACACGAAGCAGAGCUCAGCGUUGACGGUUUCAGAUGUGGAUGAGAUGGCGAAGGAGGAGAGGGUGAAGGAGGAGGAAGAGAGAGAUGAGAGGGAGGAGGCGGAGUCGAGGAGGGAGGAUGAGACGUUUCAGUUUUACUUGGAUUUGGCUGGUGGUGAUGAUGACUUGGGCUUCUUUCAAACGAAUCAUCAGAGUUGCUACUCCUUUUUUGGGAGUGAGCUGAGUGAGGUUUCUCUUGAUAAUGAUCCCUUUUAAGUGACUCUGUUUAAUUUAUGUGAUGAUGAUAACACUGUCAGUUUUUUUUUUAAUGUUUCUUUUCUGGGUUCAGGAUUUAGGGCUUUGUUGUGGUAGUAGUAUUAGUAGGGUUUAGGCUUUUGCUGGGAGUUUUAGUCUCCAGCUGAGCUCAUGAUACUAAUUAAAUGGAUGAUCAUCGAGACGUGGUGUUUUGUAUUGAGGAUGAUCCUUUUGUAAGUUCGUACUCACAUGGUUAUAUGUAUACAUUUGACUUCAACAUCAUCAUGUUUGAUGACUGACUUCCAACUUCUUUGUAAGUAGUUAAUUACGUGGUUAUUUUCUUA